ACUAGCUGGUUCAUACAUUGAGCACUGGUUUUCUCUUUAAUUCUUACGACGUGCCAGCCGAAGUGAGCCGCAUAGACCUAUAGGCAAUGCAGCAGCUUCCGAUGUGCAUCAAAGUUCCGAGAUGAUGCCAAGGCCGGAAUUAAUGUGAGCCUCAUCAACACCUCAAGCAGCAACCUCGAGAUUGUCGCGCACUACCUCCCACGCGCGUCAGUGAACUCAAUCCUGCGCAGUCGACAAACCACCACGUCAAUCGAGCAGGUUCAACCGUCGACAUCACCCUCCGCCUCAUACAGGCCAAACUCGCGCUGUCCUCCGCAUCACCUCCGCGUGGGGCUCUAGCACACGUCCAGCAUCCACCACCAACCUACUACCCAACCCUCGACCCUUCACCCAUCCACAUCUCCUCCCCAAUUCUCAACCCACAAUGGCCGACGCCACCAACCUCACCGAAUCCGGCAUAACUAUCCCCUCGGACAGCGAAAACUACGACGGAAACAACGAGCUCACCUCCUCCUCCCCCGAAUCCGCAUCCUCAAGUUCCACACCCCUGAUCCUCUACAAACCACCCACAAUAUGGGGACUGCUCCGCGGCGCAGCGAUAAACCUCUUCUUGCCGUUUGUCAACGGGCUCAUGUUGGGUUUUGGCGAGCUGGUCGCGAAUGAAGCGGCGUAUCGGUUGGGGUGGAGUGGUACUAAGAUAUUCCCAACUCAUCGCUCCGGAGCCGAUUCCAGGCGCGUGGGGCCAGGCGUGGAGAUGCGAGCGGAUCCCGUGGAGCGGAGGAGGAGGAAUGGGCAGGAGUUGGAUAUGUACACUUCGCUGGAGUAGAUGGGAGUGCAAAGAGGGGGUCGAGAAUCUAGGAGACGUAUCUGUAUAUACGAGUUGCAAUCGAUGUUAUGGCGUUCAUAGGCAUCACGUUUCGUCUUGGAAUUGAUUGAAUUAAAGUCGAGCUGUCUUCGUUUCGAGCAUUGCGUGAAGACCGUGAUCCACGCUCGAAACGGAGACAGCUCGACUUUGGUUCAAUUGAUUUCAAGACGAAACGAAAGAUGGAAUCACAAAUGAGAUUUCCAUACACUCAGGAAUGUGAACAGCGAUACUUCCAAAA